CAUCCGCUCUUAAGAUUUUUUUCUUGGAAUGUUCCAAAGAAUCCGCUCUUAAAAGAGGAUGCGAGCUUUUUAGGACACCCUGUAUAUAUUUAUAUAAAAAUUAUUAAGUAAUUAUAAAUUAUCAAUAAUAAUAAUAACAACAACAAAAACAACAACAACAAUAAUAAUAACAACAACAACAACAACAAUAAUAAUAAUAAUACUGACGUUCAUCUUCAUUAAAUUUAUCAAUUUUUAUACAAGAUUUAACUGAAUUUUUGUUAUGCGCGGCGUAUACAACAAUUUAAAAGAAACAUAUUGAUCGAACAAUUAUCUAGAAUUAAGUGUAAAGAGUAUCUAAUUCACUUUCAUCUAUUUUAUAGAGUUUGCAAUUAAAAUACAAAAAAAUCAACAGAUUUCUUAUAAUAAAAAUUCUUAUGUCAUGGAAAAGAGAAAAGUUGAGUGCAUAAGUCGAUAAAGAAGCUCGUCUGCUCACAAAGUGAAUGCUGCAUGACGAAUGCUAACACCAGCCACCAGCUAACACUAACACAUAGCAGAUAGUAGCUCGUAUCCAUACAUCUCGUCGUAUCUCGUAUGUCGUUGAGCCGGUUGAACGCGUCUUCAAAGCAAUAUAACCUAUAAUUUCUACUACGACUUAUAUUACUAUCAUUAAUAGAAAGUAAUAAUAAAUAUAUAAACAUAUAUGUUCCCUAUGUACAGAUUUCCAUCUUCUAAUAUUCAUUUUGUGUUUUUAAAGAUGUUUUGUUAUUUCCAUCAUGUGAAAACUAGAACAAGAACAGAUACAAAUAGAAAGGAACGGAGAAUCUUUAACCUUAUUUCUCAUAUUCUCUAUUAUUAUCUAUUAAAAUUAUAUGAAAUUAUUGAAAUUUUUAUAACUGAUUUUUUGUGCUCUAAUGCUUAUCGAGUGCAUGUAAAAAUAAUAAAGAAUAUAAAAUUCUUUGCCUUUGUCAACUAAUAUUUGUAAUAACUAUUUAAAUUUCAAAAGUACAAGAAAUAUAUAACUAAUAAAAACAUUCUGUAUUCUUAUAAAUCCAAAUAAUAUGAUUCAACAGAAAGGAAAACUGAUAUAAAUAUACUCAAGAAUGGAAGAAGAACCAGAAAUAAUAGAACACUUCUUUGGAGUAUAUUUACUGUAUUGUAUGAAUCCAAAAUACAAAGGGAGAACCUAUAUAGGUUACACUGUGGAUCCAAGACGCAGAAUUAAACAACAUAAUGCUGGUAAGAACCAUGGUGGAGCUUGGCAAACUAGUAAAAGAGGACCGUGGAACAUGGUCUUAAUUGUCCAUGGAUUUCCUAACAGUACAUCUGCACUUAGAUUUGAAUGGGCUUGGCAACAUCCUCAUGUUAGUAGACGAUUGAAGCACAUACCUAAGAAGAAGGCAUCACAGAAGAUAUUUGAUUUCCGUUUGGUUGUCUUGUCUGAAAUGUUGAAAAUUGGACCUUGGUGUCGUCUACCUUUAACAGUACGAUGGUUGGACUAUGAGUUUUCCAAAAAAUAUUAUGGACGCAUAUCUCCACCGUUACACAUGCCCAUAUGCUAUGGAAAAAUUACCAGUUGUAAAGUUAAACAAAAAGCUAAAAAGGACAAUAUUUUACAAGAAUCACACUUGCCAAUGGAAAAGUCACCAAUGUUCUGUUCUCUUUGCGACUCGAAUGUGACGGAGGAAGAUUCUAUCACUUGUAUAAAACCAAAAUGCCUUUUAAUUGUCCACUUAAUCUGUUUAGCAAAAGAAUUCUGCAAAGAAAUGAUUUUACCGAUUGAGGGCACUUGUCCUGCGUGCAAGUCUAAUGUUCUUUGGGGAGAUCUUAUAAGAAAAAAGAAUGGCUGUUAUCAAGAUCUUAAAGAAAUUAGUACUGAUUUUUCUAGCGAUGAUGAUAUUUGAGCACUGUAUUAAAUAACAAAUAAUCUUAUGUAAUUGUAAUUAAAUAUGAAUUUUUUAUCUUGUACCUUAAAUCAGCAAUCAAAAUUAUACUGUCACAAAUUCAUAUCAUCGAGGAACAGCUAAAUUGUAAUUAUAUGUACAUAUAUAAGAUAUUAAUUUUUAUACUACAUAUGUAUAUGUGUAUAUAUGCUACGUUUAUCUAAUAUAUAUUAUGUUUAUAGUUC